CUCUACUUUUCUUCUUCUUGAUUUAAGAAUGCGAAGAAAGGUUCAUUGCUAUCUGAUUUAUUGGAUUGUUGGUAGCUUGGGAACGUCUUUGUUCACCAAUACCACCAUAUCCUUCACCAGUCUCCAGAGCUCAUCUACCGCUUCUACCUGGGGAACAGUAAGCUCGGCCAGCCAAAGGCUCAGGGUUCAUGAGUUCGAUCACCACCAUGCAAGCGAUCAACGAGAAGAUACUGUCUAUGGACUAUAGAGAGUUCGGGGCGGAGAUAAAGGUGGUGGAUGCUCAGGAACCGCUUGAUAGUGGGGUGCUCGUCCUCAUAACUGGGUACCUCAUAGGGAAGGAAAACAUCAGGAGAAGCUUCAUUCAGUCUUUCUUCCUUGCCACCCAGGAUAAAGGUGGUAAUGUAUUGAAUGAUAUAUUUAGAUUUGUGGAAGAGGCUGAUGAGCAACGGGGGACCUCUGGGUUGGUGAACGGCACUGGUGUGACUCUACUUGAGAUUCUUCUUUGGAUUACAUUGGGUUUCAUUGUGAAAUUUCUUCUACAAUAUUUAACUAUCAUGUUCUUUGGAUAAAUUGUAAUGAAUUCUUUCUUUGUUUCUUUUUU